CCGGCGGGAAGCAGGCAUCAGAGAUCAGAGGGAUCGAAGUGCUAUGAGCGGAGAAUCUUCAUCUUCUCGCAGCACAAUAAACGCACGCGGCUCUUAAUUCCACGCGCGCGUGACUGCAGCUCGCAGCGCCUAUGCCUCUCUCUCAGUAGCCACCGUGCAGGCAGCUGCAUGUUAAGCCACUAUCUCGACGGCCCUCUUUUCAUCUACUGAUUGAAUUAUUUUAUUUUGAACAGCAUCGUUUAGACGCUUAGGCUACUGCCACUAUCAACCAAUUUGCUGGCCACCUCCGCGUGUCAUAACUAUGGGGAGACCGUUCAACGCGCACGCCCACGGGCUCCAGGCAGCCAAGACGAUGCUCACGAUGGUGAUGCUGCUGCUGAUGGUGCCGACAUCACUGCGGGCGCACAACCGCGACCGCGGCGGCGACUCGCGCCUCGUGCGCGUGCUCGUCCUCCUGCCCACCGACCGGGCUCGACUCUUCUCGCAGGCGCGCGUGCGUCCCGCCAUCGAGUACGCGCGCGAGAGCGUGACCGGCAACGCGACCCUGCUGCCGGCUCACCGCUUCUCCAUUCACUUCGCAGACUCGGGCUGCGGCAACGAAGCCCUCUUCUCAGCCGUGGACUUUUACACCGAGCACGGAGCCCCGCACCUCAUCCUUGGUCCGGCGUGCGAGUACGCGGCCGCGCCCGUCGCUCGCCUGGCCGUUCACUGGGGGGUCCCCAUGGUGUCUGCUGGAGCCCUGGCCAGCGGUUUCUCCAGCAAAGGCCAGGCGUCUUCUGAGACCUCGUCUUCAUCAUCAUCAUCAUCAUCUCCCGGGUCAUAUUCCAAAGAUGAAUAUGAGACUCUGACGCGGGUGGCCCCGGCGUACACCCAGCUCGGUGCGCUCUUCCUGGCCAUGUUCCGUCGCUUCAGCUGGAGCGGAGCCUCUCUCAUCUACAACGACGACAAGAAGGAGCGAGAUUGCUUCUUCACCGUGGAGGGGAUCCACCAGACGUUCGCGACGCAGCACCACGGAUUCGAGCUGCAGCCCGUCGCCUUCGACAGUGAGGAGCAGGACCUGGACUUUGGCGAGAUGCUGGAGGGCGUCGUCAUCAGUGGCCAUGCAGUCGUGAUCAUUUGCGCCGGAGCCGACUCGGUGCGCGAGAUCCUUCUGGAGGCGCACAGGAAGGGCAUGACCGGUGGGGACCACGUGUUCUUCAACAUCGAGCUCUUCAACAGCACCCAGUACGGUGACGGCCGGUGGCGGCGCGGUGACGGCCUGGACGGGGAGGCGCGCGCCGCGUUCCGCGCGCUGCGCACAGUCACCCUGCUCCGCACCCAGCGGGCCGAGUUCGACUCCUUCUCCGUGGAGAUGAAGCGCCGCUCCCGCGAGACCUUCAACUUCAGCUACGACGACAACGUGAACAUGUUCGUGGAGGGCUUCCACGACGGCGUCGUUCUCUAUUCGCUCGCUCUGCACGAGGUCUUGGAGGCUGGCGGCUCCAUCAGCUCGGGCCGGGACAUCGUGACGAAGAUGUGGAAUCGCACCUUCCAAGGCAUUGCAGGACCAGUGACCAUAGAUCAGAAUGGAGACCGUGUCGGAGACUUCUCGGUGUUAGCGAUGGAUGAUGGAGAAGAUGGGAGGCAAAUGGUGGUGGCAAACUACUAUGGGCGGACGGAGAGCUUCGAGGAGGUGGCAGGGGCACGCGUGUCUUGGCCACAAGAAGCCUUGGCGGUGGUGACCCCCCACGGCACGCAGCUGGCCCCCCACGAGUGCGUGUGCCACGCCUACGGACUCGGAGAUGCCAGCACCGUUGCGAUAAUCGUCGGCUUCCUGCUGGUCUGCGCGCUUCUCUUUGCCACUUUCGUCUUCAGGAGGCUGUACGAGGUGCGCGUGAAGAGGCGGACCUCUUCGCUGGGAGACGACACCGAGAAACACAGGCAGCUCCGACAGGACUCGGUCCGCUCGCACUUCACGGCCGCAUAGAACCCGCGUCCAGCACCAGCAGCAGCACCACCAGCAGCACCAGCAGAAGCAGAAGCACCAGCAGCACUAGCACCAGCAGCACUAGCAAGCAGCACCAGCAGCACCAGCAGCACCACCAGCAGCACCAGCACCACCAGCACCAGCAGCAGCAACACCAGGAGCACUAGCAGCACCAACACCAACAGCAGCAACACCAGCACCAGCAGCACCAGCAAGCAGCAGCACCACCAGCAGCACCAGCACCACCAGCACCAGCAGCAACACUAGCAAGCAGCACCAGCAGCACCAGCAGCACCACCAGCACCAGCAGCACCAGCAGCAGCACCAGCACCAGCAGCACCACCAGCAGCAGCAAUACCAGCAGCAAUACUAGCAAGCAGCACCAACAGCACCAUCAGCACCAGCGGCACCAACAGCACCAGCAGCACCAGCAGCAGCACCAGCAGCACCAGCAGCAGCACCAGCAGCACCAGCAGCAGCAACACAAGCAGCACUAGCAGCACCACCAACAGCACCAGCAGCACCAGCAGCACUAGCAGCACCAGCAGCACCAGCAGCACCAGCAGCAGCACCAGCAGCACCAGCAGCAGCACCAGCAGCACCAGCAGCAGCACCAGCAGCACCAGCAGCAGCAACACAAGCAGCACUAGCAGCACCACCAACAGCACCAGCAGCACUAGCAGCACCAGCACCACCAACAGCACCAGCAGCACCAGCAGCACUAGCAGCACCAGCAGCACCAGCAGCACCAGCAGCAGCACCAGCAGCACCAGCAGCAGCAACACAAGCAGCACUAGCAGCACCACCAACAGCACCAGCAGCACCAGCAGCACUAGCAGCACCAGCAGCACCAGCAGCACCAGCAGCAGCAGCAACACCAGCAGCACCAGCAGCACCAGCACCACCAGCAGCACCAGCAGCACCAGCAGCAGCAACAGCAGCAGCACCACCAGCAGCACCACCACCACAUGCAGUAGUGGUAUCAUAAUUAGCACCGCCACUACCACGAGUAGAGAGUAGCAGCAGCAGCACCGGCACCAGCACUAGCAGUACCACCAGCAGCAGUGUCAUCAUCAUUAUCAGCAGCAGCAGCACCGCCAGCAGCACCGCCAGCACUGGCGCCAGCAUUAGAAGCACCACUGGCACCAGCAGUACCAUCGUCAGCACGGGCAUCAUCACUACCAGCACCAACAGCAGCGCAAGCAAGCAGUGCCAGCAGCCACGGUACACAACACCGCAAGUACCACCAUGAACAUCGACAACAUCAUCAUCAUCAACACCAGCAGCAGCAGUACAAAGACCGCAACUAUCACCAUCAGCAACAGCAUCAGCAAUAUCAGCAACAUCAGCAGUAUCAGCAGUAUCGGCAGCACCAGCAACAUUCGCAGGAUUAACAUCGGCAACAUUAUAAAACACCACCACUUUCAUUAGUAGCACGGGCGAUAGCAACACUAGAAUCAGCACAAGCAGCAGCAUCAAUAAAAACAACAGAGCUGGAAGCAGCAUUAGCAUCAGUGCCACCAACAACUAGCACCACCACCACCACUAUCAUCGACAACACCAUCAUUAUCACUCGCAACAACACUACCACUAUAGCAAUUACCACCACCACCACCAUCAUCGACAACACCAUCAUUAUCACUAGCAACAACACUACCACUCUAGCAAUUACCACCACCACCAUCAUCGACAACACCAUCAUUAUCACUAGCAACAACACUACCACUAUACCAAUUACCACCACCACCAUCAUCGACAACACCAUCAUUAUCACUAGCAACAACACUACCACUAUAGCAAUUACCACCACCACCAUCAUUGACAACACCAUCAUUAUCACUAGCAACAACACUACCACUAUAGCAAUUACCAUCACCACCAUCAUUGACAACACCAUCAUUAUCACUAGCAACAACACUACCACUAUAGCAAUUACCACCACCACCAUCAUUGACAACACCAUCAUUAUCACUAGCAACAACACUACCACUAUAGCAAUUACCACCACCACCAUCAUUGACAACACCAUCAUUAUCACUAGCAACAACACUACCACUAUAGCAAUUACCACCACCACCAUCAUUGACAACACCAUCAUUAUCACUAGCAACAACACUACCACUAUACCAAUUACCACCACCACCAUCCUCGUCGUCGUCAUCAGAACCGUACGGAUCACAAUCACUUCUAGCAUCGUCGUACUAUCACCACGAACACCAUCGUAAGAAAACCACUACAGUCAUCACCUUCGUCGUCAUAAUCGGCAGCAGCUGCUGUUUGUUGACGAAACAUCACCGCCACCACAAAUGAUUUAUAACGCGCACAAAAUGUCGUGCAAGCGAGUCGCUAACGCAAGCCAGAUGAGUAAUUCAUCCAUCAAAUAGACACCGCCAAUCAACUCCAUCAUCAUUUUCAUGAUGAUGAUAAUCCACCCGUCACGUCAUCUUCAGCAGCUGCAGCUUCAGCCACCACCAUCAUCACCACCAUCAUCAUCACCACCACCACCAACACCAUCAUCAUCACCACCAUCAUCAUCAUCACCACCACCACCACCAUCAUCAUCAUCACCACCACCACCAUCACCACCACCACCAUCACCAUCAUCAUCACCACCACCACCAUCAUCAUCACCACCACCACAAUCAUCAUCAUCACCACCACCAUCAUCAUCACCACCACCACCACCACUAUCAUCAUCAUCAUCAUCACCACCACCAUCAUCACCAUCAUCAGCUGUAGCAGAAAUCGCACCAUCAUCACCACCCGUAUUAUUUAUAGCGCCCCUGUCCUACCGCAUAUUUUUCGUUGCCGAUAUCCGUGGCUCGUGACUGCAUUGUAAAUUACGAGAGGGGAUCAAAUUAUUUUUUUGAACACGGGAAUAAUUGUUUGUGUUGUUGUUGUUGUUAGAAAGCCAGCCGUUGUAUUACAAUAUAUUCGCCAUUAUCGCUGCACCACUCUACUGUACUGUAUUUAAAAUCUAACGUUAUAGUUUAUGAUUAUGUAAAUAAAGAUGUGACAUUGUAUGGA